AUGUCAAUAACUAGUGUAGUUUUCUCUAUGUAUCUUCAAGUUCUCCCCGAUACUGCUGGUAUCCAAUCAAGGCCCAAGAAAAAAUCUAUUGAGCCCAAAAACAGACGCAGUUCAGCCUCAGAUGAAGCCAAGUAUCCAGCGGCUGAGGUGAAAACAUCACACACUCCACCCAGCGCAAAGUCAAACGAUCCGAUUGUGUUCCCCGGUCCUCCAAGUUCUACUGGAAGUGCAUCUAAUCGACCGGGUGGUGCGAGCUUGCUCGAUAGUUUUACUGGCUGGGCAGGCCAGAAGAAUCUCAAACUUUCGACCUCAGUUCGACGUGUGUUUAGAAAGGUCUCUCAGUUCCUUGAGAGGAAGUCUGAAUCAGAGUUAACGGAGAUUUUUGGUGUUGGACCGGCAGAAUACACAACAAUAGAACAGUUUUGUGAAGAUUUCGGGUUGAAGCCUCGAUUGACGUAUAUCCACUCCCAACGCACUAUAUUCCUAGAGAUGCCCUCGGGGCUCCAUGAAGCACCAAUGGCCGCAUUCCAAAGUGCAUUCUACGAUUUCUUUCGCGAUAUCCCCUACCCGAAGAGAGGGCUGAUCAACGUCAAUUUUUUGACCAACAUCACACAAGAUGCAUCCAUUCCUGACUUGAGGAUAUCCAUUCAGAAUGUACGAGACCGGCAAGCUACCCUCCUCAUUCCUUGCAUUGGCGAAACCGCGUUUUCACAGCACCUGUCCCCUCUGUACACAAAGUUGAGGACAUUUGUGCAAGAAAACCCAGGACUUUCGAUGAUCGUUGUGGCGAUAGUGCAAGAGCUGCAUCCGUAUUCGAGUCCUGCUCAGGACUCGACUGCAUACAAUGUAUUACUCAACGGACCCAAACUCAAUUGGACCGACUUCCAUCUUUCGACUGAUGAAGGAAAUCCGACCCUCGGACGACCAAUAGUUGUGGGAGGGCACAUGUGGGCCUCGCUGAGGUCUGUGCAUUUGAAGGUGUGGCUCCGAGGAGCACAAAACAUUGAUAUCGAUAGCGUGGAUCCCAAUUUAGUGGCUGAUGGGUCUCUCUUUCCAGCUGACGAUGAUAUACAUGUAGUGAUGGCAAUGAUUCGCUUGGGCGCCCAAGCCGUCAGGCAGAGCCUCGUCGAUCUUUCUCAAACUAUGCUUCCUAACAUGGACGUUGCCCCCCUCCAAGAUCCCAGUAUCAGGUUCCAAUUAGAUGGAGGGGAUUUUGUUGACAAACUUGUGGGGGGUAUGACCAAAACUGCCUAUAAUCGCUAUCAGAGGUGGUAUGUUAAUGCACCGCGUCCCAAAAAACCGAAGCGCACCAGCCGCGCUAGGUUUCACGAGGACCCGGACGCACCAGCAGCCAACACUCGCUCUCAGAAAAGGCAGCGUUGA